ACAAAAAAAACUGAAGCAAAACUACGCUUCAGAAGUCCUCUAACACAUGGGUUCAGGUCCUCUCUAACAGCUCUUACGAGUCGGCGCUGACCCUCGGGCCUGACUAGUCUUUACCGGAGUUGUUUAAAAAAAAAAAGAGACUCGUUGACCGAGAAGAAAAGACGAAUACCGGAGAUAACCCGGUUUAGAAAUAAGUCACGUAACCAACACGACGCUGGAGUACAUGGUCCGAAAGGACUAUUCACAUGCGAUGACCGACAUGGACGUCUUCAACGGCACCUCUGCGCAUCAGGCACCGUCCGACUUUGAUCUCAUUGAGGAAAUCAUCACAGAGUGGUCGGGGCCCUCCCUCCCCGGACCCCCGGACCCCCCUGCUGACCUCCUCUGCCAAAACCACAGGAUGCGACAACAGAGCUCCUCACCGCCAUCCCAACCCCUGCUGCUGGCCAGAGGCACUGCCUGUCAGUCAACCUGCACCUUCCCUCAGCCCCAGCAGCCAGCCAGCAUUUCCAGAGAGAUGGCUCAUUCUUCCCGGGAAGCUUCUGCUCCGGCCGGUUUCCCGCGGCGUGGUCGAGGCUCCUCGUGUUCGCUGGCCUCGAAGAGCUCCCGUGGCGUUUCCUCUCAGAACCGCGGCGGGGAAACGGAGAUGCUGGAGCGGCUUCUGAAUAAGCCCAAACUGGUGGUGUUGGAGGAGCCCAAGGAGAGAGGCAUGAGGUUUCGCUACGAGUGUGAGGGACGCUCGGCCGGCAGCAUCCUGGGGGCGUCCAGCACUGAAACCAACAAGAGUCAGCCUGCGAUAGAGAUUCAAGGUCCCAUUGACCACUUAAAGAGGGUCACAGUCACGGUUUCCUUGGUGACCAAAGACCCCCCACACCGGCCUCACCCCCACUGCCUUGUGGGUAAAGACUGCCCAAACAGUUCAGGAAUCUGCGUGGUCACGCUCAACCCUCACAGCAACCGACGUCACAGCUUCGCUAACCUCGGCAUCCAGUGUGUGAGGAGGAAAGAGCUGGAUGUUUCACUUCAGAAAAGAAGAAACCAAAAUAUCGACCCCUUUCAAACUGGUCACUCAAAGGGCAUUGAAGACAUGGACAUGAACGCUGUGCGUCUGUGUUUUCAGUGCGAGUUUGAAUGGGAGGAUGGCAGAAAAGACUGCCUCAGCCCCAUGGUGUCCAACCCCAUCUAUGACAAGAAGGCCACGACUACAUCACAGCUGAAGAUCGGCCGUUUCAACCAGUACAGAGGCUCCUGCACCGGCAAGACGGAGAUCUACAUGUUGUGUGACAAAGUUCAGAAGGACGAUAUAGAGAUCAUCUUCUGGCGAGGGUCGUGGAAGGCGAGCGCGGAGUUCGCCCAGACGGAUGUGCACCGGCAAAUUGCCAUCGUGUUUAAGACUCCGCCCUACCAGAACCAGGAUAUCACGGAGGAGGUCGAAGUCCGAGUGCUCCUGCGGCGCCUCUCGGACCAGAUGGAGAGCGAGUCCAUAGCCUUCACGUACCUGCCUCACAACCCAGAUCCAUAUGAAGUGAACCGGAAGAGAAAGAUAAAGUCCGACAUCAGCUUCAGCGAGAAACCGUGUGUGACGGCCGACGGUGCACCGGCAGCGGAGCCGCCCUUCCACGCUCAGCAGCCUCAAGCCAUGAUGGCCCCUAACGAGAGGCUGUGCGCUGGCCAGCCGGGGGCCUCCGCUUCAGGGGACCUGGGUUACAACGAGCCUCAGGACUCGAGCAACGGCACCGAUGCAACGGCCAUCCUGAAUCAGUUGCUAGAAAUGCCCGUGCUCUGGGACAUGAUAUCCGACUCCAGCUUCACCUCGUCCAUGCCCUCUAGCUUUGAGCCGGGGAUCGAUGCCGGCUCCACGUUCGCCAACCAGGAUAUGAACUUGAACCAGAACUUUGGCUCGUACACGCAGGACUUCUCCCACUACAGCGACUUGCAGUUCAACAUGCUCGUCAACGAGAUCCAGACCCCGCAGUCGGAGGGCCGGGACAGCCCCUCCGGCAUGGUUCAGGUGAAGACGGAAGAUGAGCUCUGAGGACCGAAUCGUCAGAUUCGUGAAAUGCACUUACACACACUCUCUGUCCACUUAAAAAAAAUCCACUUUGGCACUUUGGUAAAUAUGCGUAUUUGCUCUCUGGCUGAGGGUUAGAUGAGAAAAUUGGUACCGCCCCCUCGUAUGAAAGUGUUUUUUUCAUUUCCUCUCGACGCCUCUGGAUUGAGACCCAAACGGGAUCAAGUUGUCCCUCAAUCCAAGACUCCAGCGUCGGCUGACUGUGAAAGGUGUUCGCCCUCUCGCUAAACCCGUAUCGUUGUUUGGAGUCCUUGCUGGUCAAGGCCUUAGCAACCAGCAGGUUCACAUUCCUGCGUGUGUGCUUGUAAAUGCUGCCAACACUCAUCAUCAGAUUCUCACAGUCAGCGUGGAGUUUUAAAAAAUAUGUUCAAGAGUCAAUAUUUAACUUUGAAACGAUAGAAACCCUCCCAUGAAUUGCCUUGUAUUGUAGUAAAUAAUUGGUGAGGUAAAACUUUAAUACCUGUCAUAUAAUGUUUGUCUCUGUUACGUGCUUCAACAUGAUUUUGGGAAAACGACGUGACUUCCCCAAAGAGGUAUACGAUUUUAGAUGUAGCACAAAGUCUCAAAUACAUUAGGGUCAGAUCUGCUCUUCACUUUCUCCACUCUGUUGAUGUGACCUCCACACCAGCUGCAUUGUUUAAUAAUUAAUCUACUUGAACACGAUAGAAACCGGUGCUCCUCGUGUCGAUCCCUCGCAGCUCGUCACCAAUUCAACUCCGCCCGUCUCUGUCGUAUCGUAGUGUCAAUAUUUCAGGAAAUAACCAAUAAAAUGUCAGUCGGUGUUAUUUUUCCCGUUGUCGUUCCUCCCGCUGAAGCCGACUGCGCCGCCUUGAUUUGUCAAAUGGAACAGAAGAUUUCAGAGUGACAAAAGGAUCAAAUCAAACCUUGAAUGUGACCGUCAGCCGCACACGGGACGAACCUGCUCGGUCACCUAUAAAAAACAAUGAAGGUAGGGCCGCAACAACAAUUAGAUGUGUUUGCCUUUCAUGUUUUAGCUUUCAAUGUCAGCGAUGUUGAACGACUUGUUUACCCAAGAAAUCAGAUAGAAACAUGCAGUGAGGUGUCCUCUGUGACCUAAAGUGUGACCUUUGCUCAGACCCAUCUUCAAACUACACAGCUGUGAGGUUUUGGGACUUCAUCGUGGAUGGUUGUGACGAAAUCGGCCCAAAGACGGACGUAAAAACACCGGGAAAUGAAUCACAAAUCUCUGCUGUGGUCCUCCAGGUGCAUUCAUCUGGAGAGGAUCGUCAGCUGUUCUUUUGUCAGUUAUUUGUUCUCACCAACUUUUUCCCUGGAGUUCAAAAUAGUUUUUCGGACCAAAAAUUCUAAAACGAAUACAAUUUCCAAUAGAAAAAGUAACAAAUCCUCACUAGUGGGAAGUUGAAACCAGUAAAUGUUUGAAAUGUUUCCUAUUUGUUCGCGCACUGGUAAUUGUCACACCCACGACUGGAUUUUUUUUUUUACAGAUCAGUAAACAAACAAUGGAAGAGGCGUAGUCUCAAUAUUUAAGAUUCCAGGUGUGCACCUGGUUACCUCCCGUGUGUGUGUGUGUGUGUGUGUGUGUGUGUGUGUGUGUGUGUGUGUGUGUGUGUGGGGCAGCAGGUGCGCUACUCUCCUGGCUCCGUCUGUUUUGACUUUGACCCCGAACAUUAACGCCUCACCGUCGCUUAGAAACGCCACACUGAUUUCCUGUGAACUGGCUCCACCUCCCCCGGCUGCCGGGACACGUCGACACCGUCGGCCACAACGUGUGGUCCACCAAAAGCUGCUGGAUUCAGAAAGCUUUAAAUAAAGAGAGAAAUGCAAUAGCUACAGGAAGUAUUGGCAUACUUCAGGAAUUUUUUUCUCUCAGUAUUUAUAUGCAGGUCUAGUUUUUACCAUCCACGACAGCUUGUGGCUGGUAUUGUUUUCAGAUCGGGAGUCAGUGUGUCAUCGGGGCCCCGAAUUUGGCCCUAGGGACGCCCACUGUAGUGGGAACUAACACAGAAGAGGGUUUGUCUGUUUGUCUUAAUGUGGACGGCUUUAGUUACAAAGCAAUAGCGUCAGAAAACCAUAUGAGAAGCAGUCGCACAACUUUACAUCCAAAUAAAAGCAGAGUUUGAAAAUGGGUGCGGUAGGAUGUGGGGGAGGGGCCUUUUGACCCUCACUUUAAGCACCAGGCCUGAUUUGGUCCUGUGACACCAUCUAAAGAUGGUCUCUGGUUGAUCUGAGGUUGUUUCUACGACAGCGGUGUCCACAAAUAAAAUGUUUGUGGUGGGAUGUAACAAAGUCCAUUUAUUCACUUCAGUAGUGAAAUGAAGGACACAUUGGAGGUAUCUUUACUUGAUGGAGAGAGAUUUAAUCAGGUUGCUCAAGUCUUUUUUUUCUUUUUUAACCUGAAAUGUGUGUCAAGCUGGAAGUUUAACUUUCACUCAGGUGAAGUCAUUAAAACAGGAACUUUCACUGCAGUCACACCCACUUUUUGUCAGGUGAUCACGUCUGUGUACCGAUCAAUUACUAAUAAUUUACACAUUAUGGUGAAUAAUCUGAGGGAAAAAGUAAAAAGUAUGCACAAUGGUUAUAACUGCUUGGUAACUUGUGACUUUACCCCCGGGGAUCAAUAAAGUAUCAUAUCUUUAUAAUAUUACAUUA